CUCUCCCUUUUCAUCAUUAUCUUCUUCUUCUUCGCGGGGAUACUUUUUGGUUUACGGAAAAUUAGAAGAUUUUUGUUUAAGUGAUUGUGUAAAUUAAAAGGGGGAAAUAAUAGAAAUCUAUCGGUGGAAUCGGGAAUUCUUGCAGUGGAAUUCGAGUGUUGGUAGAUAUGGGGAAGAAGAGGAAAUCGAUAGCCACAAGCCUGGACGAGGUGGAUCGGACCAUGUACGCUUCAUUUUGCAGCGCUGCUAACUCUCUCUCUCAGCUCUAUACCCAGGCUAUGAACCACCAGAAACUUUCCUUCCAAGCCGGUGAACGUCACGGCCUUGAAAAACUUUAUCAGUGGAUUUGGAGACAACAAGAGGGAGGAUCAAGAAUAGCAACAGUUGAUAUACUCAAUUACAUUCAGAAUGAACUGGACUAUGCUGGAGAAGAGCCACCGAUGUCACCACGUGCCCCACAACAUCAGAAUUCCCAGCCAGUUCAGUUCUCAAAUUCUAGCUUCCUUGUUUCAUCAGGUUCAUCUGGUCCCAUAACUGCUGGCCAAGGUACUCGAUCUGAGCACUGUGAUCAACAACCCAAGAAUUCAGUUUUCUCAAAUGCUUUAUCAAGCCCUGUCCGAAGGAGUCUCCAGAACUAUCACAUUGCCCAGGAAGGCUAUUAUCCACCUGGUGGACCACCCCCUGGAAAUGGAACCCGUAGUAACGAGCCCAACUUUCUUCAGCACCAGAACAGGGAUCCUAAUCCUGUAAGUUCCAAUGAUUCUUCAAUGGACAUCUAAGAUAGUAGGUGUAAUAGUGUGGUGGUUAAAAGAAUUGGAGGGCUGUUGCAAUUGGAUUAAGGUUUUGGCACAUGGAAAUGGUUGCUUGAUACAAGAAUAAUUGCAUGACGAUGUUUUACUUGAAAGAGUGGAGAAGAAUAGGUGAAUGGUGUGAGUUGGCAAUGGCAUGGGGCAAAAUUGGUAUAUGAUGAGCAGUGUAAUCUAUGAUUUCAUCUUUUGAUUGUUGUUUUGAAUGCUUAAAAGAUGGGUCUUUGAUGUCAUGUAAAGCUUCUUGUUGAAUUGACUUGGCUACUUAUAAAUUGGUAAUAUUUGUUGCAUUUUAUUUUA